AUGUCUGGAUUGAAGAAACAGAUGUGGCUUGGAUUGAUGGGCAAGUUGAAAAAAUCAAUGGACAAGAAGUUGAGGUCCAGGCCACAAAUGGAAAAAAGGCUAGUAAUCACUGCAAAGUUGUCAAAAAUAUACCCAAAAGAUAUGGAAGCACCUGCAGGUGGUGUUGAUGACAUGACAAAGCUAUCUUACUUACAUGAGCCUGGUGUUCUUCAGAACUUAAAGAUCAGAUAUGAACUUAAUGAGAUUUAUACAUAUACUGGAAACAUCCUUAUAGCAAUUAAUCCAUUUCAAAGACUGCCACACAUAUAUGAUGCACAUAUGAUGCAACAAUACAAAGGAGCACCAUUUGGAGAACUAAGUCCUCAUGUUUUUGCAGUUGCUGAUGUUGCAUACAGGGCUAUGAUUAAUGAGGGAAAAAGCAAUUCUAUUCUUGUAAGUGGUGAGAGUGGAGCAGGAAAAACUGAAACUACAAAGAUGCUUAUGAGAUACCUUGCUUAUCUCGGAGGUCGUGCUGUUACAGAAGGCAGAACAGUUGAACAACAAGUUCUUGAAUCAAAUCCUGUCCUUGAGGCCUUUGGUAACGCCAAAACUGUCAGGAAUAACAAUUCUAGGUGA